AUGCGGAAUAUAGCUGCUUCUUCUUCUUCUUAUUGCAGCAGCAGGAGAUGGAGAGGUAUGCCUUGUCUUCACUCUAACUCCACUGUUGUUGUUGUUUUCGCCAACGAUUACUUUGCUUUCCUUCACUCUCAACCUUCUAAACCAAUCAAAUCUACAAGAACCCAACUAGAGCAGCCAGUGAGAAACUCAUCGAAAAUCACAACUGUUGAGGAUGCUUUCAAUGUGUUUGAUAGAAUGCUUCAAAUGCGUCCUCCGCCUUCAGUUGUUCGUUUCACUCAAAUAUUGGGUCAAGUUGCGAAAUUGAAACAUUAUUCGGCCGUCAUCUCCUUGUAUAACCAAAUGGGUGUGUCGGGAAUUGGACCUAAUGUUUAUACUCUAAACAUUCUCAUAAAUUGUUAUUGUCAUCUAAACCAAAUGGGGUUUAGUUUAUCUGUAUUGGGAAAUUUCUUCAAACUUGGUCUUGAACCAGAUGUCUUUACCUUCACCACUCUAAUCAACGGCUUUCUUCUUGAGAAUAGAGUGGCGGAGGCGGCAACCCUUCUCCACAAGAUGAUGAGGGGAGGUAAUUGUCAGCCUAAUGUGGUUACUUAUGGCACACUAGUAAAGGGCUUUUGCAUGAAAGGUAACAAUAGUGCCGCUAUUCAGUUGCUUAGGAAGAUGGAGGAAGGAGCUUGCAAGCCUGGCCUAGUUGUCUAUAACACAAUCAUCGACAGUCUUUGUAAGGAUACACUAGUUGAUGAUGCAUUAAACCUCUUCUCAGAAAUGAUGUGCAAGGGUAUUGCCCCAGAUGUCAUUACCUAUAACUCUUUGAUGAAUGGAGUUUGCAAAUUAGGCGAGUGGAAAGAAGCUGCAAGGUUGUUGAAUGAAAUGGUGAGUAAAAAUAUCUUUCCAAAUGUGUUAACGUUCAACGUCUUGGUAGACACACUUUGUAAGGAGGGGAUGGUCGUGGAAGCAGAAGGCGUGGUUGAAAUGAUGAUUAAGAGAGAUAUUGAUCCUGAUACGGUUACAUACACUACACUCAUGGAUGGUUACUGUUUGCGAGGAGAAAUGGGCAAGGCACAAGAAGUUUUCGAACUAAUGCUUAGCAAGGGCUUGGUGGUUAAUGUUGUUAGUUACAACACAUUGAUAAAUGGAUAUUGUAAGAAUAAAAAGAUUGAUGAGGCCAUGAUGCUUUUUCUGGAUAUGUCUCAUAAGGGACUGGUUCCAAGUACCGUUACUUAUAGCACUCUUCUGGACGGCUUUUGCAAAACGGGCAGAAUACAGGACGCACAAAAGUUGUUCUCUAAGAUGCAAGCUUGUGGCCAACUUCCUGAUGCUCAAACUUAUUCUAUUUUACUGGAUGGCCUGUGUAAAAACCGACAACUUUCUAGGGCAAUGCAAUUGUUUGGAGAGAUGGAAGCGAAGAAGUUGGAUAUUGAUAUUGUGAUUUACAGUAUUCUUAUUGAAGGUUUGUGCAUAGCUGGAAAAAUUGAAUCUGCAAGGGAUCUCUUUUGUGGUUUAUCAUCAAAAGGACUUCAACCUGAUGUGAGGACAUACACUAUAAUGAUUAAUGGACUCUGUAUCGGGGGCCUAACAAGUGAAGCGGAAAAGUUGCUGGUUGAAAUGGAAGGGAAAGGCUGUUCUCCAAAUGGUUGCACAUAUAACACAAUUAUCAGAGGGCUUAUCAGUAACAAAGAGACAUCAAGGGCGAUGGUAUUUAUUCAACAAAUGGUGGAGAAGGGUUUAUCUGCAGAUGCAUCAACAACGGAGUUGAUAGUUCAAUUACUGUCUUAAGAUGAAGUGGAUCUUACUUUGUUGCCGUUGAUAAAAGAAUCACUGUGAAAUUAAUUUGCAUCUGUGGUCAAUGAACUGGUGCAUCUUUGACGACCAUAAAGGUAUUACAGUGGUCGUGGGUAUGGCAGGAGGUGAAAAUGCCUUCUCACUUGCAUCCGGAAUUUCUGGUGAGUUGUUUCACUAUAAAUCUAUAUAUUGCAAAGAUAUGCAUCCUGGCAAUUCAAUAAUGAGGGGGAAGUGAGGGGUAUAGACACCACUGACACUGACACUGAGACUGGAGUUGUAAGCUCGUCCUCAUUCACUCAUCUGAUCCCAUAUCUUGUUUUCCAAGAUAACAUUUUCAACUGUGUUUGUGAUUUUUAUUUUCCAAUGAUUGUUUAGUUUUC